AUGGCCGUUGAUGGCUUGUUCAUCAUUGAGUUAUUUCGGAAAAUUUCAGGUCAUUUUAAGGUAUAUGAUAAUGAUCCCAUAUUCCAUUCUGAUUUAAAGAGCACUAGGGUUGUGCGUGAUUUGGUAUUGCUUGAAAAUCAAAUACCCAUGUCAGUUCUUCAAACUUUAUUCGAUUUAACUAAAGAUCCUAUCUCUGAUCAUUUUUCACUUGUCCAAUUAGCUCUCAUUUUCUUCGAAGGAGCAAGCAACACCACAAUCUCUGCCAAGUGGACGGAGCUCCAGCGUUCCGGAGUUAAAUUUAAGAAGGGCUCCGAAUGUGGUAGCUUGAUAGAUAUAAAGUUUAGCAAAGGAGUAUUUAAAAUACCUCCACUACUUGUUGAUGACUGCACAGAAUUCUUUUUCAGGAACCUUAUUGCUCACGAGCAACAACAUUCUCAAGGUACACACUACAUAACUUCAUAUGCCCUCUUGAUGGAUUACCUUGUUAACUCUGCUGAAGAUGUGGCAUUUCUCCGUGAUCUUGGAAUUAUCAAGAAUCACCUGGGUGAUGACAAUAAGGUCUCGUCUCUAUUUACCAAUCUCUGUAGUGAAAUUUACUCUGGUAAGUUCUGUUAUGGUGACCUUUGCGACAAAGUGCAUCAAUAUUAUAACCAGCCCUAUAACAAAUGGAAAGCGAAUUUAAAGCGCGAUUAUUGCAACAGUCCAUGGACGAUCCUUCCAGUGGUUGCAGCAAUUCUCAUACUUUUUCUCACUAUUUGGGCCACCUUAUUUACCACCCUGCCUGUCUUCAAUGUCAAUUUCAAGCUUUAAUCU